AUGGCAGAAAUUACUCAGCCAACCAAGAAAUUUCCAACAGGAAAACCCCAAAAUCCAAAGCGCGGAGGAGGUGGUGGAAAACUACGAGGAUUACCAAAAGAUAGUCCUGUUGUCCGAUUGUCCAAAACGCUCUCCUGGCUGCUACGCCAUGGGGCGCAGAGUGAAGGAUUGACGAUGAGAGCAGAUGGAUAUGUUAAAGUGAUCGAUCUCUUAGAAAACCCAAAAAUCAAAUCGCAGGCACUAGACCUCACAGGCUUACAGCAGAUUGUCAAUGCCGAUUCGAAGCAGCGUUACAGUUUGGUGUGUGAAGACGAUAUAUGGUGGAUCAAAGCUAAUCAAGGGCAUUCGAUCAAGGCAGUCAAAUUAGAUCUGAAGCCUAUCUUCACGGUUGAAGAUAUUCCCUCACGCACAGCUGUACACGGGACGACGAAAAUUGCUUGGCAAUCAAUAUCAUCGCAAGGAUUAUCGAAGAUGACCCGCAAUCAUAUACAUCUUGCUCAAGGAGUUACAGGGAAUAAUGUAAUCAGUGGAAUGCGCAAAUCAUGCGAUAUCCUCAUCUUUAUCGACGUACCCAAAGCUCUCGCAGCAGGAAUCACUUUUUUCCUGUCAGACAAUGGCGUUGUACUUACAGAAGGUAACGACAAGGGAUUCCUUGAACCAGCAUUUUUCCUUUCAGUACAGAACGCGAAACGGGAGGCUCUCGCCGGAUGGGAGGGCGACAGUGCCAAUACUUUGGACGCUUUAAACCCCUCAAAUUCGGAUCCGGUACUUGCUGUACCAUUGGCAGUUCCCGCAUCAUCAACGUUGGUUCCUAGUGAAGUCAUCGACGGUAUAGAGCACAAGUUGGGUGAUGUGAAGAUUCGAAGUUGA